AUGGAGAGUCCAAAACCGGUCAACAGUACUAAUGACAUUGACUUGUCACAAAUCGAGGAACAGUUGAAGCAAGAGUGGAUCAAGCUCGGAAAGUCCCCAUCGGAAUUGUAUCCUCUCUUUGAACCAGCUAGACUGUCUGCAUCUCGAGCACCACAAGUUCCAAAAAGACCUCAUCAACUUCUUUCGACUUCUAUAAUUCCGGCUAACUAUCUGCUUCUUGUGGCUCGAGGAAACAAGAAAACAAGUAUGGGCGCCUGGGAUAAAUACGAAGUGGUGGAGUUUAUCAAGCUGUUCCUUAACACCGACACCGCCACCUCCACUAUUCAAGUAUUCUUAAAGGAAGGUGUCACUGGGGAGAUGCUGGAAUGCUGGGCUUCUCAUCGAGAAUAUGAGCUCACAAUCCACAAGGUAUUAGGAGUGCCAAUAGGAGACACUUUUCAGAUUCUCAACCAAGCGAAGCUGGUAAUAAACUAUUAUGCCAGACUCCACUUUGGAAAAUAUUUGGAAUAA